AGAAAGCGACUUAUCAGUAGCCAACAGCGAUUGCGAACAUACGUGUACAAGUAACAAAAUAAAUUUUGCAAAAAUGCUCGGAAAAGGUAAAAGAAAGAAGAAAAGACGAGGAAGUGGAAAACCAGUCGAUGGUGAUAACACUCCAAAUGAUGGCUGCUCAAAUGCAGGAGAUAGUGAAAAUGAAGGGAAUGAACGUGUUAAUAUAAUUUAUGGUGUUCCAAUAAACAAUAGUGAUGAAGAGAGUUUGUUAGACACUGAUGGUGUAUUAGCGUCUUCUAGCACACUUGUUUUGGAUGCUCAAAUGAAGAAACCCCCCGUUUUGCCUCUUGAAGAUAAAAAAGAAGAUAUCGAUUACAUUGAAUACGUUCGUGAAGAGAGUUUAAAAGAACACGAGGAAACACAUGAAAUAGUAUAUAACAAAAGAGCCUUAUCAAAGGAAGCACCUACGUACGAAUUGGAAAAAUUCGGAAAACAUGCUUUAUUAAUAUUCAAUCAGUGCAAUAUAGAAGGAUAUGUUAGACCAAGAUUAGGCACUGAAAGAGACGUCGAAGAACUUGAAAAAACAUUCAAAUCUUUUGGGUUUGAAGUGGAAACAGUACCGGAUUUGACUAAAGAAGAAAUAAGAACGAAGUUAAAAGAAUUCAGCUCGCGAGAUUUCACAGACUACGGUUGCGUGGCUGUAGCAGUAUUGACGCACGGCAGUAGGAAUGGCCUUCUGAGAGCCAAAGAUACUGAUUACAGUGAGUUGACAAUCAUCAACCAACUGCAGGUCCACGACAAACCAACGUUGGUCACGAAACCUAAAUUGGUCAUCAUCCAGGCCUGUCGGGGCUAUGGAAGUAUGCAGGGUACCACUGUCCGCAGAGCCCAGGGUCAAAUCAUGAAGGACUUGGAUGAGGAGGAGCCCUACACGUUGCCAGUGGAAUCUGACAUGCUGGUACUUCACAGCUCUUACAUUGGGAAACCUUCUGUCAGGGACGAACUCGAAGGGUCCUGGUUCAUCCAAUCUCUGUGUAAGAAAAUCAAUGAGCUGGCCUCAACUCACGAUCUCGAGUCCAUCAUGACCGAAGUCAGGAGAGAGGUGGCAAUAGACAGAGUCCAUGAAGAGCUAAACAGGCGCACUGAUGAAAUGGAUGUCAUCAAACAAAUGCCAGUGGCGACUUCCACGUUGAUAAGGAAACUUUAUUUGAAGAACCCUGUAGGGGAUUCCCCUGGGCCUUCUUCAACUUUAACUACGGACUCUGACCAGCCUCCAAGGCCCUUUCUGGACAAUUCCGUACCAAACACGCCCUUGCUAGUGCAGUUUGGGCCGUGCUCCUGCUUCUUAGAGCAUUUCAAUUAUAUCAUUGAUUGUUUAAGACAUUUCCUGAAUGACAACCCUGAUGACGUAUUGGCACAAUCUUUUCUGGAAAUGGCAGACACCUUCGAGGAUAGUGCAAACUUCAACAGUUCGAAAGAGAAGCUAGCGAAAGCGGUCUGUGCUUACUUAAAAAGUCAAGUUAACAUAAUUCCUUAUUUCAAGUUUUUGUACUUCUAUAAGCAUUAAACUACAGUUUGAUAAA